CUUGCAAGUCCAAGUGGCUACAGUAGACAGUAGAUGCUCGCUGUCGCGCGGGAUAAGGAGAUGGGACUCAGGAGACUGUUGUGUGUGCGGGUGUUCACGCGUGUGUAGGUGUGUGUGCGAACAGCACACCUCUUCCUUCAAAUUGUAACUUUCACUUCUAAGUAUUAAAGAACGGAGUCACCAUCGCUAAGUUCAAGGUCCGGGCCCGGGUAUGGGCGAGUAGAGGGGGACCCCCGGCCCAGCCGGCCAAUCAGCGGCCGCGUGUCUUAUGAUGUCAUCAGAGGAGGAGGUCGACUGCUUCGGUUUGUACGGCGACAAACUAUCCAAGAAAGCGAAGAGAGCCAGACAGCGCGUGGACGCCGGUGAGCCCCGGAACAGUUACUCCUCGAUCCCGAAUUUCAGUUCGCGUCCGAGUUUCUUCACUGGUGGUUUAUACGGUGCUUUCUUCUCACAGAAUCAACAACAGUUCGGGAUCUUCGGGCAGGGCUUCGGGCCCAAGAUGCUCAACGAGUUACUCGGCAGACAAGUGAAGGACGCAGCCACACCGGGUGACACGAUGAUGACCGUGGACUCUGCCAGUGCCGACGGAUCGGUAAACUUCGACUGUCUGAACGCUUCUUCUGUGAUCCGACGCGGUCUCGAGGAGGACGGAUCCCCGCCGCCCGGUGACAUCGCGCAUCACAUGCUCAGAGACAUUCUACAGGGCCGCAAGAAGGAGUUGCUCGCGCUCGAGCAGGAAUUGCGUGUAGUGAACGCGUUAGGAGGUACCGAACCUUCCUCUCCGGACAAUAAUAACAGCAUCAAUAACAAUAACAAUAACGAGUUGAAAAACGGUGUAGUGAAUAACAAUGGUGAUGUGAGUGACGACGGUGGAAGUGGUGUGGGCAAGACGUCCAUGGUGAACGGCACAAACGAGUCGGACAGUGGGGACGACGAGCCGACACCCUCGGCGAUGGAGGAGGUGAACGACAAGCACCAGCAGACGGAACUGGAGGAUGUGAUGGCUGGAGGAGGUUCGGACUCGGAGCCGGCAUCGCCUACACCGUCGUCUGACAACAAGGACGACACAGAUGAUAACCCAGGUAACAAGGACAAUACAAUCAAAACUGAACAGUUAGAAUUAAAACGUGCUAGGGUUGAAAAUAUAGUAUCGUCUAUGAGGUCUAGUCCAUCGCUUCCGUCUCAAGUUAACGGCUGUAAGAAACGUAAGCGAUACCAUCCUCAGCAACACGACAAUAGUGCUGCUGAGAGAUAUGCCGUGUUAGGUAUAAAUAUGAAUAUGAAUAUGUUGAUGGAUGAUGAUGACGAUGACGAGAUCGAACCUAAUGAGAUAAGGCAGAAAAGAGUAGAGAAAGACGCUUUGAAAAAUCAGCUUAGAACUAUGCAAGAGCAGUUAGCAGAAAUGCAACAAAAGUAUGUGCAGCUGUGUACUAGGAUGGAUCAAGAAUCCGAAUGUCAAGAUAACGAUGACGCUUCUAGUGAUAUGGAACAAGAUGCUAGUAAUUUGACGAUGCCUGAUAAGCCUGUUACCUCAACAUCCGUGUCGACUCCUGUGAAGGAAAAUAUUACCAGUACCUCAGCAACCACACCUGUCAGCCAACCUAUCAUGUCACCCGCUGUUUCCAAGAUGAUGCCUUCUAAGCUUCAUCCCCACACGAAUCCUUCACAUUUACCACCUCAACACCUCCCUAUUCCUCCUAAUUUCAACGGGGCGUUGUCCCUUCUUCAACAACAGGUGCUACAAGAACAACACGGACCUCAUGGUCCACUUCCUCACCACCACCUUCAUCCCCAUGCUCACUCGCAGAUCCCUCCCCAUCACGCCCUGAGUAAUGCGGCGGCAAUGUACCUGGGGGUUAGCCACAAGCUAUACAUGGAGCAGGAGGCGAGGUUAGCUAAGGAGGCGGCGAUCGCUGCGGAACAACAACACCAGCAUCAGCAACAUCUGAACCAACAACAUCAUAGUCAUCAGCAACACAUGAUGAGUCAUCACCAACAACAGCAAACCCAGCCUAGCCACCAGCAACAGCAGGCGCCUCAACAACAGCCCAUGCCACAACAACAACAGCAGGGCAGCCAGACACCCCACAGUCAACCCUCCACUCCUCAUCCUCAAACACCAAGUCAAUCGUCAACCCAAACACAACCUACGACUCCCCAACAAACUCAACAUCCUCAAGUAAAUCAGUCGCCUCCUCAACAGGCCCAACACGCUAAGACUGCUACCGAAUUCACAGAAAGGCUAAAUAUGCUACGUAAUCACGCAUUGGCUCCACCCGUUUCAGGAUCUGAUUUGGAAGGCCUAGCUGAUGUACUAAAGACUGAGAUAACGUCCUCGUUAUCAAACCUGAUUGACUCGAUAAUGUCAAGAUUUGUUCAACAACGACGGUUCUUUGGAAAACAAUCUGAGGCGGCAGCGGUUGCGGCAGAACAACUCAACAAGGAUCUUCUGUUGGCGUCACAGCUUCUGGACAGGAAGUCUCCUCGCAGCAAGGUCAUUGACAGGGGUAACCAAGGACCUCCAGAGAGGACGCCCUCUGGCAACAUGAGCGGUUCUCCUCAAGUACCUUCUGGACCUCCUCGUGUCAACGGGACGGCCUUCCCCAGCAUGGCCGUGCCACCUCACCACCAAAGCAGCACGAACAACAACAAUAACAGCAAUCCUGAAAACAACAUCAACACGAUAAACCUGCCCCAUGUCAGGCCAUCUCCCAACCAAGCUAUGUUCCAGCCACCGAAACCUCCCACCAGCAGUAUGAACUCCGUCGCUGCUGCAGCUCUUUACAACACAAUGAGCAGCAUGGGAGGUCCACACACCAACCCCUUCUGUGUCAACGACUCCAGGGAAGGUGCGCCAGAACAGAACGAAGCGCUAAGUCUUGUCGUAGCCCCUAAGAAGAAGCGGCAUAAGGUCACUGACACGAGGAUCACCCCCAGAACGGUUAGCCGCAUCCUUGCUCAAGACGGAAUCGGAGCUCCUCCUCAAGGAAACAUGGACUCACCACCUAAGUUCAACAUGAUUCCCUCGACCAGUUCGAACGGUGGUGACUCCCCGCCUCCUCGACCAUACCAUCCACCGCCACCACCCAUGUUGCCUGUCUCCCUACCGACUUCUGUAGCCAUUCCUAAUCCCAGCCUACACGAGUCUCAGGUGUUCUCUCCAUACAGUCCCUUCUACGGACAACAUCAUCAAGGACCCCACAUUCCCUCGGCCAGUCCGCCCGGAAUGGCAGAGCUCCGGGAAUCUCCUCCUCUGCAUCCACCUACGCUGCUACACCCUGCCCUCUUGGCGGCAGCACAGCACGGCUCCCCGGACUAUAGCAACAUGAGGACGUCCUCCGCCGGCCUCGGAGGCAACGACAGCGUCGACCGGAGCUCCGACUGCAACUCCGGAGACGGCCCCUAUGACGGGAUCACUCCUACAGAUUCGCCCAGGAACGGGGGCUAUCCUAUGACCCUGAGUUACGGACUCACAUACGAAGCUUCUAGUUUAGCCUAUCUACAAAAGCUAGGAUAUGUCGCAAACGCAAAUGACUCCGCUUCCUGUUUGCCUAAAGACUCCUUAACUGAGCUCCACUCGUCAACCCUGACUCCGAUGCAUCUGCGGAAGGCUAAGUUGAUGUUCUUCUGGGUGCGGUAUCCCAGUUCCGCCGUCCUCAAGAUGUACUUCCCAGACAUCAAGUUCAACAAGAACAACACGGCCCAGCUGGUCAAAUGGUUCUCUAACUUCAGGGAGUUUUACUACAUUCAGAUGGAGAAGUACGCGAGACAGGCGGUCAGCGAGGGGAUCAAAUCAGCUGACGACCUGCACGUGAGCGGUGACUGCGAGAUCUACAGGGUGCUCAACCUCCACUAUAACAGGAACAACCACAUUGAGGUAUGGGGGCCUCAGGUUCCACCGAACUUCAGGUACGUGGUGGAACAAACGCUGAAGGAGUUCUUCAAGGCUAUCCAAGGAGGCAAGGACAGCGAACAGUCCUGGAAGAAAUCCAUCUACAAGAUCAUCUCCCGCAUGGACGACCCAGUACCUGAGUACUUCAAGUCUCCUAACUUCCUGGAGCAGCUCGAAUAAACUGACAAAGACAUUACUCUCAAGUUCUCUUCCUUCUCGAAUUCUUCAUUAAGACAAAACGAAAACCUGUUACCGGCAGGAUAAAUCUGUAAGCUGUUUCGUGUAGUGCGUGAGUAAGCCGUGUAUAUAUGUGUUGUGAAUAUCCCGACCCCCUCUUGGUUGUUUGUACAUAGAUAGAGUCGUCUGGAGAAGUACUACGGGGGUGAGCCAAAGUUCUCUAUUGUGGUCUAUCAAAUAGACGUGAACGCUCAGAAAGACUUCAGACAUGGAGCGCUCAGUGAUAUUGUUGACUCUCUCACUUUCCCCGAGGACUGUUCUCCACCGGACGUUACAUUAUUUACGUUGUAUAAAUUAUUAUUUUUUAAGAAAAAGAAAAUUAUAAUAUAAUUAUAUUAUUUUAAAAAUUUAUAUGACAUUUGGAAAGUUAUGGAAUAUAUUGUUUUAAUUUAUGUCCUAGCUAUUGCCGAAUUUUGGCAGUUUUACUUUGGACCUGUUGAAAAGAAAUCUAUUUAAUUUUAAGUUAAAUUUAAAAUUUAUGUAGUUAAGCGUAUUUAUUUGUUAAGUGGUGUUUUUGGAAUAUUCUCGUCCUUUGUGUCGGAUGUGUUUUCAGCUUUGUUUUGACCGAGGUUGGCGUUGGAGCUGGUUGAAAACCUGGCUCAAAGUAUGGCACUAUUCCCGGUGUGACCUAGUCCCAGACAGAAUAAAGACUGUUUAAUAUUUGUUUGUUAACUGCAGUAGAUAUUGACCGUUGUUAGUCCAGUUCGGAAACUGUCUUCGGUUUCUUGAGCCCACUUGUAUAAAGUACACCUGUUCACUGCCAAUUUUUUACAAAGGCAUUCAUUUUGUAUCACAUUAUUAAUAUAUAAAUUAUACCAUAGAAUCAAAAUUGCCAAGUCGUAUGUUCCUAUUUAUAUAUAUAGAUAAAUUUUUAUAAAUAUGGCUUUAAAAUUAUUGUAGUAUAAAGAUUUGUAUAAAAAAGUUUAUUUUGUGUAUUUGGGAUUGACAAUAAUCUGGUACAAAAUGAAUGGAGUAGAAAGUUGAUAGUGAUAACAUACCACCAAAAAUAAAAUUUUUAUAUGAAAUUUUCUUUGUUUUGUAUAAUUUUAUAUUUAUUUCUUAUGUAUGUUAAGUUACGAUAUCUUAUCGCACCUUAUUUUUCACCAUUCGCACUGCUUUAGUUCUGAUUUCACGUGAUCUCACUUAUUGCAAAUCAAUUUUAUUAUUUAUUAUAGUUUUAUUGUUAUUUUAGUUUCGUACAUCAACAAUAAUUUGUAUCAGUGGAGUGGUGAGUUUUUGCUAGUCAAAUACAUGCAUUUAUUCGAUACCAGUGAUUCUUUGUGUGUUAUCAUUGUCUAUUGUUUCCAGUACAAUACGUGUUGUUACUAGCUUAGUCCAUACUAUCGACUCCAACUCGAACCUCUUGACAGUUUGUGAUACGUUUUACACUGCUGAGAAUGAAAUCGAAAGGAAGAUGUUUUGAUACCUGCAAUCCACAAGAUAAUAACUCCCGUUUUUAUGUAAAAUUUACGAGUAGAAGCUUGAUUGAAAGGUUUUCGAUAUUUUCGCAAAUUAAAACGAAUGCUCCUUGAUUUAGUGUCAAAUUGUGAACAUUUUGUACAGUGAAGUUAGCGAAUAAAAAAUUAUUGAAUUUAAUAUUUAAAUGACGCAUAUGUGUUUAUAUAUAUAAGACAAAGUAAUUUAAUGAUAUAUAAAUAUACUACGAUGAAGUGUGUGUGCUUUCGGUUCUGUGAGAGACUGGACUGGCACGGGACCACCUUGCUACAGAACCCAGGGACUCCCUACCCUACAAUCAGCGAAUACAGUUUACAGAUGCUCUUCUCCAUUACCUUCGUAUAGUUUUCCACUAUGCCCGAUAAUUUAUACGGUUCAGGGUAAAAUUAAAUUCGGUUCGAUUUGUCAAAGUUUUUGUUCCCCGACUUGUGACGCCCGAUACUCCUCGCCUCUCCACCUACAUCCGCUGUACGCCACAGUUUUAAUUUUGCCCUGAACAACAUUAAAUAGGUAAUAUCAAUGUAAACUCAAUACAGCAGUUCGAAGACCCCAAUACACCGUAACAGUGACGUGGAGCCUCGAGGCCAUGGUCGCGAUCACUUGAAAGACACUUUUGUACCAUAACAGAUUGAAACCAAAGUGACCUUUAAGUUAAGGAUAAGCCAAAAACAACAGACCGAGCUCCUAUUGGCCACUCCGCGAUCACACAGCUCAGUGUCCUCUCCUCGCAGCUCUCUCGCAUCGUCUGCAUGAGCAUCAUCUGACAUCACUUCUUGACGUCCUUACUUCUUGGGUGAAUGUGACCUUGAAAUGUGGGGCAUUUUGGAAUUCGCUACCAGUUUCAAUUACUUGCAUUUUCCCAUCAAGUACGGAUCAAAGGAGAGAUUUUAACAUGAUGUGAUAUUUAUUCUGAAACUAUUUACUCUUUGGAUUAUUGAAAAAACAAACCUGUAUUGCAAUCAACUUGGUAAUGUAUUCCUUCUAAAUGCUUAAAAUUUUAAAAACAAAGUAUACUCAUUUUAGAAAAAACAGUGAACAUUAUUUGGAAGGAAAGGAAUGUGUUUUACGUGAUAUUGAUAUGUAUCAGUUUUCAUCAACUACACAAAACACAAUUAUCAUGUUAAAAAAAUGGGUUAAAAAUCCCAGCUUAGAUAAAUUCUUUCAGCAUCUGAAACAAAAAUCUUUUUAAUGUAAGGUUUUUAAGUAUCUGUAAAAGCGCUCAUUUAAUGGUUUGUCCCUUCAAAAGGGUGAAAGUGUUGAAUCCUCGUAAAUUCAAAAAAAGCUCAACUAAACAACUAGGAAACCUAGUAGAGCAACAAAUAUUUUUGAACAGUUGCUACAUUUCUAAGUAUAAAAAUAAACAAUAUAUAAAUUAAAGGUACACAAAUUAUACCAUUAACAAUUUUGAUAACCAGUAUAAAUAGAAAAAAUAAUGAAAACCAAAACAGAAUAGAAUGAUGCAUAGGACCUUGAAUGUUACAUCAUUUCACUUGCACGAUGGUAAGUAUAUGUACUGUAAUAGUAAAGUGUAAAAAAUGGGAAAUUACAAAAGAUAAUGAGAUUCCAUGAUUUGGAGUUUUCAUAAACUCUAAACAUGAGACAAUAAAGAAAAUUGUGGAACUUAAUUUUAAAUAUUCUGGUGUUAUACGCAAGUAUAUUUACUACUAAGAUAAUAUUCCAAAGUAGUUCUUAAUACUAACCUAAUAUCAACAUGGAAAAAUUUUUUAAUUACCUAUGAAUCAAUGGAAAGAACAGUAGAGAAAUAGUAACAAUAGUAGAAAGAGAAUAAGUUAUAUUAAUACUGACCGAUAAUAAUUGAUCGAUAGGUAUGAAACCAUAAAAUACUAAUUCCCAUGGAGGAAAAUCGUGAAAGUAAUAUCUUUUGCUUUAGUAAGGAUACUGUUUCAAUUAAAAACCUAUUCUUUAUUAGUUCAAUUAAGAAAAUACCGAAAGAAACAGAAACCUGAAAUAUAUUUGUUCUACAAACUGAUAUAUUGAAAAUAGUUUUUAAAAUCUAUGAAUUGAAUACAACAGACUCUUUGAAACCAUUUGGAAUGGACUUUACACCAAAAUAUUUUCUGAAUGGUGCUUUCCCCAAGUGUCAAGUCCAUUUUGAAGAUUUCGAAAGAAGUCGAGGAGCAGACAGAGAGUGAGAGAGAGAGCUGGGUGGACGGGAUGCGUUACUCUAACUCGACAAGUCUAGCCGUUUUGCCUCUCAGAAGUGAGGCAGUAACAACGGAUGGGCUCACACUCAUAUAUACGUAACAAUUAUUGUAUUUUAUAAAAAUACUUCUAGAUACGGUUUUAGUUUCCAUUCCACGAAGCUGUGUCAUGAAUGGUUUUGUUCCUCUGCCAUAACCUUAGUUUUAUUGUUAACCACUCCCAUGUAAUUGUUGCCCCGUAGUAUAACCGUUUCUUAUUCUUAAUGAUUGUUGUAUAGCGAAUCGGGAGGGGUGUUGAGCCCCCUUUUCUUUUUCAAGAUGGCAUUGCUAAGAUUGUAAUGUUCAGUUUUUGUCACAAUGGUUUCUGUUGUAUCGAUACUUUAAGUACAAUUAUUAUUAGUGCAGUUCAUAGCAAUGGCAAUUCUGACAUCUAUUUUUAUUUACAGGCAGUUACCACAGAUUUAACGGUUUACCAGGUUUAGUUUGCACACAACAUUUUUUGGAUUUCCCAACUACACAAAGGGUGCUGUUUAUGUUUGUUUCCUCCCGUUUAUAAGUCCUCUUUAUUUCUUCAUCUCGUCCUCACUCGCAUUUCGGAUUUGGUUAGUCCUCACUUUUCCCGUUUGAGUUACAGAUCCGAGACAUCACAACAUCUUGGCACACUGUUUAGGACAUUCCCUUGAUCAAAAAUGACGACUAAAAGGUCCCUGUUCACAUAAGAGUACAAGCUUAUUAAAAGAAGCACCUUCGCGCCUUAUCUAUUAAAAGUAUCGUUAAGCCAAAAGUGAAAAUUGUGUGUAAUUUUUAACCAGAAUCUGCCUUAAAUUCUAUAUUUUCUUAUAUAUGACGAAAAUGAAAUUUUUAACUACUUAGUGUUAAUGAUUUGCUGUAGUCAAAAAUUCACGUGUUUUGGAAUGAUUAUUAUAUUCUGUUACUAUUAUCGAUGUUUUCAUUUCCAGUCAGUAAGUGUAUUCAGUUUUUAGCCAUCCACCAUUACAAUGAUAUAUAUAACAGGUUAUGGCCCCCACUCGGGCUAUAUUAGUCAUGUUAACAUAGCGUAACAACAUUUUGUUCAGCAUACUUCUAGUCCGUAAUUAAGAUAGUCAGUUCAUUUUUGAGUGUUGACUAUGUAGUAUAUGUAACCUUGUUGGUACGUGUCUGCGUUUUGGGUCCCCCUCAGGCCUACGUUAUCUCGUUAAGGCACACGAUACCUCCCAAGGCUUCACACCAGACAUACGUAACCCUCUCACGGGGGUCUGUACAAAGCAACUAGCAUAAUAGAUUUUAUAUUUUACAGAUAGAAUAAGUUACAGUGAACCGUACGAUAUAGGAGAGUUCGCUUUUGUUACAGGACAUAUAAGACUGUGUAUUUGUAAUAUAAUACGCGCGCACACACACAAUAAUAAUUUAUUUUUUUAUCGCAACUCAAUAUAGAUGUUAUCGUUGGGUUAGUGGCUUACCCCUCAGCAAAGCUACACGGACGUAUUUCUGGUGUCAUGUAUUUAGUUGUUUCACUGAACAUAAUUCCUGCCGUUUAGUUCAUCCGAGUAGCCUUGGGGGGUAUACUCCUGAGUAUAAGACUCUUUUAUUGUUGUGUUUUCCAGUUGUUAAGUGAUGCAAGGACAUUGUGUCUCGUGUCUCAUUCCCUCGGCCCGUUCUCAAACUCUGCAAUAGCCUGUAAAUUUGGUUAUCUUCUCGUUAUAAUGGACACAUUACACUACAGUUCAGCAAUAGUAUGAAGGCAACUCAAAAUCAUGAAUCUCACAGGAUGUAAAAAUUGUGAUACGAAAUCCAGUUUGAUUUUUGAAAUCCAUUCAUUCCAAAAAUACACACAAGGGGCCACUUCGUCCGAUCUAAAGUGCCUUCAACCACAAAAAUUGAUUUUUUUAGAAAUUUGAUAACGGCCCUACAUAGACCAUUCGUACAUAACCAAAACAGGCCGGGGGAAUGAGGCAAGAGCACAAUUUGUUGACGUUUGAGACCCACAACGCAAAACAACCCCAGUUAUUCAUUAAGAUUGUUAUUCCGCCAAUGGUUAUUCUGUUUUCUGGUCAUUACAAGGUUUUUAUUGUUUCCAUUUUGUUCCGACUUGUUUUUAGUGAUAAUAUUAAGAACAUUGUACUACAUGUAUUUAACACAUACAGUUUGCUAUGUCUUGCAUGCAUUAUUGGUAUAUAUUAGCCACAUCUUUGGAUUGUAGGAAUACAUGAUUCUAAACAAUCAUAAA